UUGGGGUUUUUCUUUUCCUCCUCUCUCAUGUCUUUGUGGUUGUAGGAGCAGGUUUUGCUACAUAUAAUCUAUGGUUUUUGGGAUGGGGGCGCUUUGUUUCUUUUGCUGCCUUUUAGGUGGUUUCCCAUUAUUGGGAUUAACCAGUCCAAUUGAUGAUUUUCAGGCUGACAAAUGGGACUAUAAUACUCCAUCUCGAAAGAUUGCUAAACAUGGACUAGGAGCUGCAAGACCAAAGCUCUUUAUGCCUGCUAAAGGGAUUCCUUUCAUUAUAUCUCCCUUUCCAGAAAGCCUUUUGGAUCCUCGUGUACUGACUGGCCCCAGUGCCAAACUGCCCCCUGCACUGAAAGCUUUGUUGAACCCUACACCUCCAAGGCCUGUGGUGACACUACCUGUAAUCCCCAAAUCUGACGUGUCUUUGGCUUGUAGCAUAUCUAAGAUGAUGGUGAGGGUUAAAAAAGCAUUCUUUGGGUUUGGCUACACUGAGGCUGAACUUGUUCUUGGUAAUAAAUGCAAAAGCAAUGGCAAAGAUGAAGCCACUGGAGAUCUGCUCUUUAAUUAUCCUCUUAAUGCUUGUGAUGGUAAAAGAUCAACGCAUGAGGGAUGUCUGACAUAUGAGAAUGUUCUCCAUUUCAAACCACAUAUAGUGCCUGGAGUAAUCCGUAGAAAACAGCCUGUCAAUGUUGCUCUGAAAUGCUGUUAUUUCAGGUACUACCAUGUAUACAAAGCUGCAGUGCACCCUACCUGGAGUGCCCCCUCUGGUUUGAAGACCCUUCAUCAUCCUUCUGGCAUGGUUUUGAAGUUGAUGGAUGCUACCUUUUCUAAGCCAUUUGAAGCUAAAGAAUAUCAUUUGGGCCAAGAAAUCCACUUUCAGGCAGUUAGCUACCCCAACAGUACCAGACAGUGGCUUUUCCUUCACUCCUGCUUUGCAACUCCUACUCCAAAUCCUAAUUCCAGUCCACGAUACACAGUAAUUGACAACUAUGGGUGUAUGGUGGAUAGUAAACAGGAAAGCUGCUCCUCCAGAUUUGAGAGGCCAAGGAUGGCUAAUGUUGUCUCCUUUACAGUAUCUGCUUUCCAGUUUAAUGACCACAAGCAGGUUUACUUUCACUGCAAGAUGUUCAUGAAGAAAAACCAAGAUGUGACAAACACUGCCAAGUUCUGCACUUACAACAAAAAACUGUCAAGGUGGCAGGAGCUUGGUGGUCAUGACAGAGUAUGUGAAUGCUGUGACUCGGUGUGUGGCCCUUCAGAAUAUGAUGAAGUUACUGAAAGCCAUGGCCCACUGGAGGUGGGCCCCGACGAGGAGCAGCUCCCGCCCGAGGUGGGCCCCGACGAGGAGCAGCUCCCGCCCGAGGUGGGCCCCGACGAGGAGCAGCUCCCGCCCGAGGUGGGCCCCGACGAGGAGCAGCUCCCGCCCGAGGUGGGCCCCGACGAGGAGCAGCUCCCGCCCGAGGUGGGCCCCGACGAGGAGCAGCUCCCGCCCGAGGUGGGCCCCGACGAGGAGCAGCUCCCGCCCGAGGUGGGCCCCGACGAGGAGCAGCUCCCGCCCGAGGUGGGCCCCGACGAGGAGCAGCUCCCGCCCGAGGUGGGCCCCGACGAGGAGCAGCUCCCGCCCGAAGAUGAUUCCAAAGGAUUUUGGCAGUAUUACUGAGGUUAAUCAUGGACAUGAUGCAGACCUGAGGCUAUUGUACAUUGAGGCACAUAGUACAUGUGUAAUUGUAAAAUAUUAACUGGAGAACUCUGCCUUUUAAAUGUAGACAAUAA